GCGCUGCAUCUCCCUGUCUGCCCGGACACCUCUCGCUCUGUCUUUCCAUCUCUCUCUCCCUUCCUCUUCCAUCUCUCCCUCCGUCAGUCGCUCCCUGCUGGCUCUGGCCUUGGUUCUGGUCUCCGGAAAUGUGGCAUCAAAGCUUUGGACUUAUAGGAAAAUCCUACACCCAUGACACAACAGGAUCCUUUUUGCUGGGGAAGUGGCUCUACAUGCCCCUCUGCUCAGUACCUCUGUGUAGUGCUGUGGUAGAUGUUGCUAUCCAGGAUUAUGUGGCUGAUGUGGCCUCAGAACUCACGUACCAGAACAAGAGUUCCAUCUCCACAGAAGUCCUCUUUGUCUUCCCCCCGGGCCCACAAAUGUCCAUAUACUCCUUCCAGUCCUGCAGUGAGGAUGCCAAGGUCCAGGCCAUGCUGCAGGAUGAGGUACCAGUAUCCAGGGAUGAAUGGGCAAACCACCACAGGGGUGUGGGAGGAGCAACCCAUGGUCUGCCUGGUGAUCAGCUUUCUGUCCUUCUCCUUCUCACCCAGGCCCAGCAGCUUCAUGAGGCUACAGGGAGCUGGGAGAACCUGGAAUACCUUCAGGAUCAGUCUAGGUAUCCAGGCAAGGUGUUUGCCUGCUUCCUGGGCACACUGUCCCCUGGCAGGGAGCUGGUCGUGACACUACGCUAUGUCCAGGAGCUGUCACGGGAGCCAGACGGAGCAGCCCGGUUUGUGCUGCCACAAACACUGCACCCCUACACACAACUCUACGCCUGGAACUGUCACAGUAGCCACCUCCCCUACAGCCUACUGCUCACCGCUAGCCUGCAGUCACCCCGUGGAGUAGCCAAUGUCCAGGCCAACUGCUCCCUCACCCCUUUGAUCUACACUGCCCAGGAUCACAGCACUGCACAGGUUUGCUCUCCUGAGUGUAAGGAUCCCAGGAGUAGCUGGGGAUGUAUGUCAACACUGAGAAACAAGGGAUGUGAUGAGAAACUGGGAUCAGUGCCUGUGCUCCUGGUCCAAAGCUGGGUCUGGUCCCUCCUGUGUAUGACCACACAUGUUCUUCAGGUCUCACUGGCUGGCAGUCCCCCAGGACAGCAUGAUUUGGAGCUGCUGGUGUAUUUUGGAGAUCCCAGUGCAGUCAGUGCUGUGGUGGAGAAGGGAAACCCUGAGGCCCCUCCAGGCUCCCUGCUUGGUGAUCCCAUGGUGUUGGUGACACUGGCACCCAGCAUCCCUGAGCCAAUGCCUGGGCAACACCAGUCUGGAGAGUUCAUCUUCCUCCUGGACACCACUUUUCUUGAGCGUGCCCAGGACUCCCUGCUCUUCCUCCUCAAAAGCCUGCCUCUGGGCUGCUACUUCAACAUCUACUGCUAUGAAGCAGCAUCUAUGGGCAUCUACCCGCAAAGUGUUGAAUAUACUCAGGACAACCUGACCAAUGCCCUGUGGCGCAUUCCUUCCACCGGCUCCAGUCUGGGUGACACCAACCUUCUUGAAACCCUCCGCUCAGUCUACAGUACCCCCCGCCCCCGUGGGCAUGCACGCCAGGUCUGGCUCUUCAUGACUGGGCUACCCUCUGACAAAGAAGCCAUCGCAGCUGAGGUCUGUCAUCAUCGCAACAGCCACCGGUGUUUCUCCUUCUACUUCUCUGAGGACAGCGCUGCCCUGGCUAUAGCCCUGGCCAGGGAGACAGGGGGUGAAGUUACCUAUGUCUCCUCCAACAACAGUAUGACAGCUGUGGUGUUGCAGUGCCUGAAGAGAGCCCUCAAGCCAGCAGCUGAAGUAGUCUCUCUGAGCUGGACCCUGCCACGUGGCCUGGAGGUUGAAGUGCUGGGGGGUACUCCUCAGUCUAUCUUUCAGGGUCAGCACAGUCUUCUCUAUGCCCAGAUCCAUGGACAGGCACAGCUUCCCAUGUGUUUCCAGGAUACAACGGUGGCCAAGGGGGUCAUGACUUUGCAGUGCAGCCUGGAGGGCCAGGAUGUCACUCACAUGGUUGAAUUCCCACUGUACUCACAGGGAGAUGGACGGCUGGCUGGACAUCGUCUGGCUGUGAGGUCCUUACUGCAGAGACUGUUUCUUGAGGCUGCGAGUGGGUCAGGGGAUGAACCCAGGCAUCGUGCAGUGGAGAUCAGCCUUGCUUCCGGGAUCAUCUGCCCCUUUACCAGCUAUGUGGGCAUUCGUACAUCACAGAGGGUAAACUGGUACCGAGGGCCUCUGGCACUGUUGGCACCCUGCCAGUCACACGUCCCCUGCCAGCUUGUUGAGCUUCCUGGCUUGUGUAAGGACUCUUCCUGCUAUCCUGUGACCAUCUGGGUCCCACCUGGCUGGCUGACAGCAGUGCGUGAGUCAUGGCGUGCCCUCCGUCGGCUCACCUGUGGCAUUGCUGCCCUGCCCAACCAGGGGGCUUGCUCAAAAGCACAUAAACCACUACCACCAUCUGUUUCUUCUCUCAAGUAUGUGGAUCCUACAGCAUAUGUGUUGCGCUCUCCAAUUUUUGGGCCACGGUCCACUGAAGCCUUUGCUGAGUGCCAGAAGCUGGUAGUGCUGCAGAGUGAAGAUGGCUCCUGGGCCCUCAGCUCAGGAUUGGCCUCUGUGCUGGAGGUUGAUGAAGCUGAAAUCAAGAGAAAGAUGCCUGGUGAGGUCAUGGAACCAAGCAUUUGGGCCACAGUGCUGGCUGUGACCUGGCUGCACAGACCCGACAAAUGUUACCAAGACUACUGUGAACUUCUGGAGGCCAAGGCCGUGACCUGGCUGUGCAGCCGAGCUGUGUCCCAGCUGGACAAGUGUCUGGAGGCAGCCAACAACCUCCUUGGGAGCAGUGCAAAGCCAAAUAUCUUCAGGCUCUGAGUUCACAUAUGCCUUGAUACAGACCAACAGUAUCUGCAGAAAGUAUAACCCAAAUUCACACACUGUACUGGGAUACCACUUUUGCUACCAGCUGGGGUCUUACAUUAUAGAUUAAUUCUCACUGCUUAUAUAUUAUACUAUUUGGGCUGAACCUGUACCAUGCUGAGCUCCUCAAGAGAAAAACUCCAAUUCAGCCUCUCUGAGUGUUUAGUCUCGGUGAAGGUGGCAGUGGGAAGGAAGCCCUGUUCUUCCUGAAUUAGACUUUGGCAAAAUAGCUACUGGGUCGCACAAAGGUGGUGCUUAGGGACAUGGUUGGACCUAGUUGUGGACUUAGAAGUGCUGGUUUAACAGUUGCACUCAGUGAUCUUUUCCAAACUAAAUUAUUUUAUGAUUAUGGUUUCUGUUUGACAAGAGAGUGCUUUGCACACUAGAAAAGAUCAGUGUUUAGUGGUAUCAACAGCAGGUACCAUUGCAGAGACUCACAAUGAAGGACUCCUGCUGCAUGUCAGUUGCUGACGUCUUUGCUUUCCCCCAAAAGUCCAGGUUGUGUCAGGAACUCCUAUAUCUUUCCUUUGCCAUGUAAACCAAUCAUUUUGGAAGUAAAACUCUCAUCUUCGUCAGACUCAGCCCAUCAUAAGGCUUAAAAGAUCUCAAGUGACAUGAGACUGAUUUGAAAACUAUCAGUAUGUUGGAGGUGGAACUUCAGGAGCUUUUGAUUAAGAAACCAGUCAUGCAAUUUACUCCCUCUGCCUCUGGGUCCUGAAUUCAUGGGUGUCACUCCAUGUUAGCAAAGUCUCUGCUUCACUUCCCAAUAAACAGUGAAUCUUCU